UCUCUCUCUGCUUUUGUUUCUCAUUUUCUUUCUAAAAUUUCUCUCAAGCUUCUCCUUCAAACCUUUCAUUUUUGUCUGCCGGAGAACCUUGGGUUGGAAAGUAGAAAGCUUUUUGGUCUCUGUAGCGACAAUAUGAGUUUUCAAUGGAGAAAAUGGAAAUUUCGAGUUUAGUUUUAUUGUUUUUCUUUUGGAAUUCAAACUUCUCGUUUGCAUAUGCUGUGAUUUCACUUCGAAAUCAAAUUUCCUCUUCUGGUUAAUCUUGAACUCUUAUCAAUAGGCUUUUUUUUUCUUUUUCUUUUUUUCUUUUUUGCUGUUUUUGCUUAAAAGUUCCUUGUUUAAUCGAAUGGUGCAAGAAGACAAACAUCUGAAGACACAAACCCAACAACAAAAGCAACAACAUCAGCAAAUAUCGAUGAGCAAUACUUUUGCUAAAGAUUUGUUGCAAAGAUUAAUGUCAGGGAAUCAUUUGAAUCACAAAAUCAAUGGAGUAGAAGAAAGAGAAGAAGAAGAUAUAGAGCUGAGCCUUGGACUUUCUUUGAAUGGCAGAUUUGGUGUGGACCCAAGAGCCAAAAAGCUUACUAGAUCAUCUUCAAUACCAGAUUUCGUUUACCCUACAGGGGAAAAUGGCAGUGCGUAUAUGAUACCUGUAGUUAGUAGUACUAAUCUUGUGAGGACUUGUUCUUUGCCUACAGAGACAGAUAAGGAGUGGAGGAAAAGGAAGGAGAUGCAGAUGCUUAGGAGAAUGGAGGCUAAAAGGAAAAGGUCAGAGAAACAAAGGAUUUUGAAAGCAGUAAAAGAUAGAAAUAAGGGUUUUGUAGAAGAAAGCUGUGAGGAAGAGAAAAGAGAAAAUGGCACUAUUAAUACUAACUGUAAUUAUCAUCAAGAACAGUUUCUUAAGAAUUUCAAUGUGUUGUUUGGAGCUGGUGCAGAAGGGGCUUUACCAUCAUCACAAGGGUCGAUUGGAUCACAGGGGAGUGGGUCAUCUGGGUCAGAAUCUGAGAGCCAGCAAGUUCAAGGAAUGAACAACUGUAUUGAGGCAAGAAGCCGUGUAAGUGUUCAAUCUUUAUCAGAGCGUGCACGGAAAUUGACGGUCACCCCUAAAUCAACAAUCAAUGGGAAACCUAGCAGUCCUGCAGAUGUUGCAAUGGUAAUUAGCAGAUCGAAUGAACCAACAGUCAUAAAUGGAGCUAAGGACACGGUGAGGAAUAUAUUGGAAGACAUGCCUUGUGUGUCUACGAAAGGGGAAGGUCCCAAUGGAAAAAGAAUAGAAGGUUUUCUUUACCGGUAUAGAAAAGGUGAGGAGGUGAGAAUAGUGUGUGUCUGCCAUGGAAGCUUUCUCUCUCCGGCUGAAUUUGUCAAGCAUGCUGGUGGGGGUGAUGUAGCUCACCCCCUUAAGCAUAUAGUUGUUAGCCCUUAUCCUCUUUUGUAAUCUUAAUUUUCGUGCUGAGUUUUUUAAUCAAAGACUUGAGGUACAGAACAAGUCCAAAAAGUUACUAGAGUUAAACUUUGUUUAACAAUUUCAGUUUUCUUCUGUGAAAUUGAAUUAGGAAAUUAACUGUA